UGCUUUGGUCGCAAACGUUGCAUUGUGCGCUGUUAUAGCUGGCGAAAUUCCUAAAUCUUUGCAUGCUAUUUGCCCAGAUCGAAGAGUUACACCCGCAUCAAAUCCAACGUGAACUCCAGCAUUGACAAGAUGAAGUAUUCAACCUUCGUGCUACUCGCGACAGCAGCUUGCGGUGCAUUGGCAGCACCAACGACGCCUGUACCAUCAAAGACUCUCGAGAAGAGAGCAGACUACUGCGGACAAUGGGACUCCAAGGUAACAGGGACCUAUACGAUAUACAAUAACCUCUGGGGCAUGAGCGCAGCAACCUCUGGCUCACAGUGUACUGGCGUCGACAGUCUGAGCGGUUCUACAGUCGCUUGGCAUACAAAGUGGUCGUGGGCUGGAGGUCCUUACAGCGUCAAAUCAUAUGCCAACGCUGUGGUCAAAAUGACAGCUACUCAACUAUCAAAGUUGACUUCGUUGGCCACCACAUGGAAGUACUCGUACAGCGGUUCCUCACUCAUUGCCAACGUAGCGUAUGAUCUGUUCACCAGUAGCUCGACUGGUGGCUCUGCAGAGUACGAGGUCAUGAUCUGGCUGAAUGCUCUGGGUGGUGCUGGCCCAAUCUCGUCGACUGGAACUAAUAUCGCUACACCCAGCGUUGCCGGUAAAAGCUGGAAGCUCUACUACGGCCUGAACGGGUCAAUGAAGGUGUAUAGUUUCGUGGCGAGCAGCGCCAUUACAAGCUUUUCAGGCGAUCUUAUGGACUUUAUCAAGUAUCUGGAAAGCAGCCAGGGUCUUCCAAGCAGCCAGUAUCUCCAGAGCAUCGGUGCCGGAACUGAGCCUUUCACAGGGUCCAACGGCGUCUUGAGUACAACAGCGUAUAGCGUUGUGGUGAAAUGAAU